AUGACCUCAUCAUCGAAUGCCGACGCCGUUUCUGCGCCUGGCAAGGGACUGAUACACACGGCAGGAUGUAUAGUUAUAGGUGAUGAGGUUCUGGGUGGAAAGACCGUCGACACCAAUUCCGCAUAUUUUGCCCGCUUCUGCUUUUCCCUGGGGAUGCAAUUGAAACGAAUUGAAGUCAUUGCGGACGAUGAAGACGAGAUAAUAGAGGCAGCCAGGCGCAUGUCAAAGAAUUAUGAUUUCGUGGUGACCAGCGGUGGGAUCGGUCCCACACACGAUGAUAUAACAUACCAGUCCAUAGCCAAGGCAUUUGGGCUGGAGUUGAAAUUACACGAACCGACCUGGGCUAAAAUGAGGAAGUACUCGAGACCUCACAAAUCACAACCAGGUUUUGACUGGGAUGUACCUUCACCUGCUCGGACAGCAAAGAUGCGCAUGGCCCAACUGCCUACAGACCCUAAUAUUCCCGACGAGGAGCAGGUUUUGUUUGUCAAGGAGGACCUCUGGGUCCCCAUCUCGGUGGUCAACGGUAACAUCCAUAUUCUCCCUGGGGUGCCGAGGAUAUUCGAGACGCUGCUGGAUGGGAUGAAGCCCCGCAUCCUUCCUCGCCUGAAGGAUCCCGAAGGGAAGGGAAUGUAUCGCAUGCUCUUUAGCACUCCACUCGCGGAGAGUCAGGUCGCAGACUACCUUACUCAAUUGGCCGCCAAAGUCGAGUCCAAGGGCAUCAAGGUGGGAAGUUAUCCUCGAUGGGGCAAGAAUAAGAACGUGGUGACCCUGGUGGGAAGUGAUCGAGAAUACAUGGACACGUUGGAGGCCGAGGUGGCCGAGGGCGUCAAAGGCAUGAGAGUCAGAGUAGAGGGCGAAGAUGAUACGGACGAUGAGACCGAUGUGAGGAAGGACAAAGAUGCAUGA